AUGAGCAACAAGAAGAUGGAGGACGAGGCGGUGCUGGACCGGGGGGCGUCCUUCGUCAAGCACCUGUGUGACGAGGAGGAGGUGGAGGGUCACCACACCGUGUACAUCGGCGUGCACGUGCCCAAGAGCUACCGCCGUCGGAGGCGCCACCGCCGGAGAGCCGGGGGCCACAAGGAGCGGAAGGAGCGGCCGGCGGAGGGAACCUCGGACAAGUCGGACACGGAGAACAACGAUGAGCCCAGCAGCAGCAUCCUCCGACCGCUCAUCUCUCCGGCGGCCGAGAGGAUCCGCUUCAUGCUGGGGGAGGAGGACGAUGGCCCGGCCCCCCCGCAGCUCUUCACCGAGCUGGACGAGCUGCUGUCGGUGGACGGGCAGGAGAUGGAGUGGAAGGAGACGGCCAGGUGGAUCAAGUUUGAGGAGAAGGUGGAGAAAGGCGGCGAGCGGUGGAGCAAACCUCACGUGGCCACGCUGUCCCUCCACAGCCUGUUUGAGCUGAGGACCUGCAUCGAGAAGGGAACCAUCAUGCUGGACAUGGAGGCCUCCACGCUGCCGCAGGUCGUCGAGCUGAUCACUGAUAACCAGAUCGAGAUCGGGCAGCUGAAGCCGGAGCUGAAGGACAAAGUCAUGUACACGCUGCUGCGGAGACAUCGGCAUCAGACCAAGAAGUCCAACCUGCGCUCGCUGGCGGACAUCGGGAAGACGGUCUCCAGUGCAAGUAGGCUGUUCUCCAACCCGGAGAACGCUCGUAGUCCUCUUGAGAACUCUCUCACCUGCCUGUCGGGUCGCAUCUCCAUGGAGGACCUGCAGAGCCAGAGGAGUACCAGCAUGGACUGGCUUAACAGUCCCACCACCACGCACCGGAACCUGACGUCCAGCAGCAUGAACGACAUCUCCGACAAACCAGAGAAAGAACAGCUGAGGAACAAGUUUAUGAAGAAGUUGCCGAGAGACGCCGAGGCCUCCAACGUGCUGGUGGGGGAGGUGGACUUCCUGGACUCGCCGUUUGUGGCGUUUGUGCGUCUGCAGCAGGCGGUGAUGCUGGGAGCGCUGACCGAGGUUCCUGUUCCCACGAGGUUUUUAUUCAUCCUGCUCGGACCCAAAGGCAAAGCCAACUCGUACCAUGAGAUCGGCCGAGCCAUCGCCACCCUCAUGUCCGAUGAGGUGUUCCACGACAUCGCCUACAAGGCCAAGGACCGAGAGGACCUGCUGGCCGGCAUCGACGAGUUCCUGGACGAGGUGAUCGUGCUUCCUCCUGGAGAGUGGGACCCGACCAUCAGGAUAGAGCCGCCCAAGUCCCUCCCCUCCUCGGACAAGAGGAAAAACAUGUACGCAGGAGGCGACUCCCAGAUGAACGGAGACACGCCUCACGACGGAGGUCACGGGGGAGGGGGGCACGCCGUGGGGGAGGAGCUAAAGAAAACUGGAAGGUUCUGCGGAGGCCUCCUACUGGACAUCAAGAGAAAAGCGCCUUUCUUCGUCAGUGACUUCACCGACGCCAUCCACAUCCAGGCCCUGUCGGCCAUCAUGUUCAUCUACCUGGGCACGGUGACCAACGCCAUCACCUUCGGGGGUCUGCUGGGGGACGCCACGGAGAACAUGCAGGGCGUGUUGGAGAGUUUCCUGGGGACGGCGAUCGCCGGGGGGGUCUUCUGUCUGUUCGCCGGUCAGCCGCUGACCAUCCUCAGCAGCACGGGCCCGGUGCUGGUGUUCGAACGGCUGCUCUUCAACUUCAGCAGAGAGUACAGCUUCGACUACCUGGAGUUCCGGCUGUGGAUCGGCCUGUGGUCGGCGUUCUUCUGCCUGCUGCUGGUGGCGACCGACGCCAGCUUCCUGGUGCAGUACUUCACCCGCUUCACGGAGGAAGGCUUCUCCUGCCUCAUCAGCUUCAUCUUCAUCUACGACGCCUUCAAGAAGAUGCUCAAGCUCUCUCACCACUACCCCAUCAACGCCGGCUUCCAGGAGGAGCUGGUCACGCAGUACCACUGCCUCUGCAUGGCGCCCGCGGUGUACGUGAACAUCUCAGAUGGAGAUUCCUUGGACGCGGCCUCGGAGUGGAACAGCACCGAUCUGCCGAUGAACGCCACGUGGUCGUCCCUCACCAAGACGGAGUGCGUGAAGUACGGCGGCGAGCUGGUGGGUCAGUCGUGCGAGUUCGUCCCGGACAUCGCCCUCGUGUCCUUCAUCCUGUUCUUCGGCACCUACACCUGCUCCAUGUGUCUGAAGAAGUUCAAGACCAGCCAGUUCUUCCCCACCACCGUGAGGAAGCUCAUCAGUGACUUCGCCAUCAUCCUGGCCAUCCUCAUCUUCGUUGGGGUCGACGUGCUCAUCGGAGUGGAGACGCCCAAACUCAUCGUGCCAACGGAGUUCAAGCCCACGAGUCCUCACCGGGGCUGGUUCGUCCCCCCCUUCGGAGGAAACCCCUGGUGGGUGUACCUGGUGUCGGCGCUCCCGGCCCUGCUGGUCACCAUCCUGAUCUUCAUGGACCAGCAGAUCACUGCGGUGAUCGUCAACAGGAAGGAGCACAAGCUGAACAAAGGGGCGGGCUAUCACCUGGACCUGUUCCUGGUGGGCAUCCUGAUGGUGGUCUGCUCCUUCAUGGGUCUGCCGUGGUACGUGGCCGCCACCGUCAUCUCCAUCGCUCACAUCGACAGCCUGAAGAUGGAGACGGAGACGUCGGCUCCCGGAGAGCAGCCCAAGUUCCUGGGAGUGAGGGAGCAGAGGGUCACGGGUGUGAUGGUCUUCAUCCUGACCGGCCUGUCUGUCUUCAUGUCUCCGAUUCUAAAGUUCAUACCGAUGCCUGUGUUGUACGGAGUCUUCCUCUACAUGGGAGUGGCCUCUCUGAACGGAGUGCAGUUCAUGGAUCGUCUCAAGCUGCUCAUGAUGCCGGCGAAGCACCAGCCCGACCUGGUCUACCUGCGCCACGUCCCCCUCAGGAAGGUCCACCUCUUCACCUUCAUCCAGAUCUUCUGCCUGGCUCUGCUCUGGAUCCUCAAGUCCACCGUGGCCGCCAUCGUCUUCCCGGUCAUGAUCCUCGCCCUGGUCGCCGUCAGGAAAGCGAUGGACUAUUUGUUCUCGCAGCACGACCUCAGCUUCCUGGACGACGUCAUCCCGGAGAAGGACAAGAAGAAGAAAGAGGACGAGAAGAAGAGCGGCAGCGUCGACAGCGACGGCGAAGACGAGAGAAGUCCCCAUCAUUCCUUGACCGCCACACAUCGUGCUGAGCAGCUUCGCUAUUACCAGGCCAACUGCAUGUCCAGUCCCGAGAUGAGUCCUCUGAAGCCGGUGCCUCAGAUCAUAAUCGACAUGGAUCCAGACGACGAUAACGCUUUCUACUGGAGGAGCCGAGGAUCUGAGACGUCUCUGUAG